AACUUUCAACUAGUCGAUUGUUACCGAGGGGCAAGAGGGAAUGUGACUAAUUUCACUGUAGGUGAAACUUUCAACUAUUUUCACAUUUUAAAUUAAUGAGACUCGAAUAAGGAAAAUAACUUCUACGAUUUGAACAUAGAACAACCAAGAGAAAGAUAAAUCAAACAUGUUAUCAUCAAUUGUCAAGGAACAUCAAAGUAAGCAAGCAGCAAGAAAGGAAAGGCAAGAACAGAAACGUAAAGAAGCUGUUCAAGCUGCUAGCAAUUUAACUCAAGCGCUUGUAGACCAUUUGAAUGUUGGGGUAGCACAGGCAUAUUUAAAUCAAAAGAAGCUUGAUGCCGAGGCCAAACAGUUACAACAUAGUGCAACCAAUUUUGCCAAGCAGACACAAUCCUGGUUGAAUUUGAUAGAAUCAUUUUCAAGUGCCUUGAAAGAAAUUGGCGAUGUAGAAAAUUGGGCUCGUAGUAUAGAAGGAGACAUGAGAACUAUUGCCACUGCCUUGGAAUAUUCUUAUAAAGCUACGCAAGAAACUCAAUCUGCGGGAUCAUCUUAAAAGCACGAAUCUAUAAGAGCCACAGUUCUACAGAUUUACAAGCGAUAGAACGUUUGAUUUUAUGCUCCCCUUAUAUAAAAAAAAAAAAAAAAAAUAGAACAUAAUAAAUUAUUUAUAUAUUAUUAUUUAUGUAAAUAAAAUGGAUUAAUUCUUGUUCCUAAGUAGAGUCAGAUUACAGUGAUUUCAACAAAUAGCAAGAAGAAUAAAUCAUUCGAUGUAAUAAAUAA